CCAGGGCUCUAGUGGGGGCGGCGCUCCCCCCAUCCUGCUCAGGCCUGGGCGGGGGCGCCCGGCGCCCUUACUCGUGGGAGCCGCCGUCCUGCGCAGGGGUCCCCACGGCACAGCCCCCUGGAGACCCCUCCUGGACUGCCGAGGGCCCCUCCACAAGUCGGGGUCCGAGGCCUGGCUCGGGCCCGCCUCUGUGGCCACUUGGGCAAACUUUCCGCGAGCUCAGGUCUCUUCCCCGCCGCCUCCGGGCCCCUCCCCACGGCUCUCAGGGCAGGGCCUCCGUCAACAUGGGAUUGGAGGCCCCGAGACUGCCGGGGGCCGAGGAGGCCCCAGUCAGGGUAGCCCUGCGCGUGCGACCACUGCUGCCCAAGGAGCUUCUGCACGGGCACCAGAGCUGCCUGCGGGUGGAGCCAGGGCCUGGCUGCGUCACCCUGGGCCGGGACCGCCACUUUGGCUUCCACGUGGUGCUGGAUGAGGAUGCGGGGCAGGAGACCGUGUACCAGGCCUGCGUGCAGCCACUCCUCGAGGCCUUCUUUGAGGGCUUCAAUGCCACCGUCUUCGCUUACGGGCAGACAGGCUCCGGCAAGACCUACACCAUGGGGGAGGCCAGUGUGGCUUCCCUCCAUGAGGAUGAGCAGGGCAUCAUCCCGAGGGCCAUGGCUGAGGCCUUCAAGCUCAUUGAUGAGAAUGACUUGCUCGACUGCGUGGUGCAUGUGUCCUACCUGGAGGUGUACAAGGAGGAGUUCCGGGACCUGCUGGAGGUGGGCACUGCCAGCCGAGACAUCCAGCUUCGGGAGGAUGACCGUGGGAAUGUCGUGCUGUGCGGGGUCAAAGAGGUGGAUGUGGAGGGCCUGGACGAGGUGCUGAGCCUCCUGGAGAUGGGCAACGCUGCUCGGCACACCGGGGCCACCCACCUCAACCGCCUGUCCAGCCGCUCACACAGCGUGUUCACCGUGACCCUGGAGCAGCGGGGCCGAGCCCCAAGCCGCCUGCCCCGGGCUGCCGCUGGCCAGCUGCUCGUGUCCAAGUUCCACUUCGUGGACCUAGCGGGCUCGGAGCGGGUGCUCAAGACGGGCAGCACGGGGGAGCGGCUCCGGGAGAGCAUCCAGAUCAACAGCAGCCUCCUGGCACUGGGCAACGUCAUCAGCGCCCUGGGUGACCCCCAGCGGAGGGGUGGCCACAUCCCCUACCGCGACUCCAAGAUCACCCGCAUCCUCAAGGACUCGCUGGGUGGCAACGCCAAGACGGUGAUGAUCGCCUGCGUGAGCCCCUCGGCCUGCGACUUCGCCGAGACCCUGCACACGCUCAACUACGCCAGCCGCGCGCAGAACAUCCGCAACCUCGCGGCGGUCAACUGGCGGCCCGAGGCGGAGCGCGCGGAGGAGGCGGCCGGGGGCGCGCGGGGGCCGCCGCGGCACCGCUCGGAGACGCGCAUCAUCCACCGCGGCCGGCGCGCCCCCGACCCCGCGCCCCCCGCGGCCGCGCGCCUGGGCGCCGAGUGCGCGCGCUACCGGGCCCGCACGGACGCCGCCUACUGCCUCCUGCGCGAACUGCAGGCCGAGCCCGGGCUGCCGGGCGCCGCUGCCCGCAAGGUGCGCGACUGGCUGUGCGCCGUGGAGGACGAGCGCAGCGCCCUGAGCUCCGCCUCAGGCCCCGACAGCGGCAUCGAGAGCGCCUCCGCCGAGGAGCACAAGGGGGCCCGGGCAGGGCCGGGGGAAGAUGCGGGGGCGAUGCAGAUGCUGGCCCUGCAGAGCCAGGUGGCCCGGCUGGAGGAGGAGAACCGAGACUUCCUGGCGGCACUGGAGGACGCGAUGGAGCAGUACAAGCUGCAGAGUGACCGGCUUCGAGAGCAGCAGGAGGAGAUGGCGGAGCUGCGCCUGCGUCUGGAGCUGGUGCGGCCGGGCUGGGGGGCCCUGGGGCUCCUGCAGGGGUGUUUUGUACCGCGGCCUCACACGGCCCCCCUGGGGGGUGCCCACGCCCAUGUGCUGGGCACGGUGCUCCCAGCCGGCCUUGCAGGAGAUGCAGCUGGCCCUGAGGACUGGGGAGAGGUGACAGAUGGCAGGGACGCAGGAGCCAGACUGCUGGAGGAGGCUGGCCGGCUGGGCAGUGGGUCUUCAGCGACGUCCGAGGAGGAGUUGGAGGAGGAGGAGGAGGAGGAAGAGAAGGAGGAGCCGCAGAGGGCCUUGCACUUGCGCAGAAACGGGGUCAGCAAGUGGAGCCAGAGGCCAGGGGCCCACCCAGGAAGUCUGCCCAGCACGAAGGGCCCAGAGCUUUGCCUGGAGGAGCUGGGGGCAGCUGUCCCAGGGCCCAGAGCUCAGGCUCAGCCCCGCCGGGCCCCUUCGGCUUCGGCCUCUGAGUGGCGGCUGGCCCAGGCACAGCAGAAGAUUCGGGAGCUGGCCAUAAACAUCCGCAUGAAGGAGGAGCUCAUUGGGGAGCUGGUCCGCACAGGGAAGGCAGCCCAGGCGCUGAACCGCCAGCACAGCCAGCGCAUCCGGGAGCUGGAGCAGGAGGCCGAGCGGGUGCGGGCCGAGCUGAGCGAGGGACAGCAGCAGCUGCGGGAACUGGAGGGCAGGGAGCCCCAGGACGCUAGUGAGCGGUCCCAGCUGCAGGAGUUCCGCAAGAGGGUGGCCGUGGCCCAGAGCCAGGUGCAGGUGCUGAAGGAGAAGAAGCAGGCCACUGAGCGGCUGGUGUCGCUGACGGCGCAGAGCGAGAGGCGGCUGCAGGAGCUGGAGAGGAACGUGCAGCUCAUGCGGCAGCAACAGGGCCAGCUGCAGCGGCGCCUGCGUGAGGAGACGGAGCAGAAGCGGCGCCUGGAGACUGAGAUGAACAAGCGGCAGCACCGCGUGAAGGAGCUGGAGCUGAGGCACGAGCAGCAGCAGAAGAUCCUGAAGAUCAAGACGGAGGAGAUCGCGGCCUUCCAGAGGAAGCGGCGCAGUGGCAGCAACGGCUCGGUGGUCAGCCUGGAGCAGCAGCAGAAGAUUGAGGAGCAGAAGAAGUGGCUGGACCAGGAGAUGGAGAAGGUCCUGCAGCAGCGGCGGGCACUGGAGGAGCUGGGGGAGGAGCUGCACAAGCGGGAGGCCAUCCUGGCCAAGAAGGAGGCGCUGGUGCAGGAGAGGACGGGGCUGGAGAGCAAGCGUCUGCGCUCCAGCCAGGCCCUCAAUGAGGACAUCGUACGGGUGUCCAGCCGGCUGGAGCACCUGGAGAAGGAGCUGUCAGAGAAGAGCGGGCAGCUGCGGCAGGGCAGCGCCCAGAGUCAGGAGCAGAUUCGCAGGGAGAUUGACACGCUGCGCCAGGAGAAGGACUCCCUGCUGAAGCAGCGCUUGGAGAUCGACGGCAAGCUGAGGCAGGGCAGCCUCCUGUCGCCCGAGGAGGAGCGGACACUCUUCCAGCUGGAUGAGGCCAUCGAGGCCCUGGAUGCGGCCAUCGAGUACAAGAAUGAGGCCAUCACGUGCCGCCAGCGGGUGCUGCGGGCCUCAGCCUCCCUGCUGUCACAGUGUGAGAUGAACCUCAUGGCCAAGCUCAGCUACCUCUCGUCCUCAGAGACCAGAGCCUUGCUCUGCAAGUACUUUGACAAGGUGGUGACACUCCGGGAGGAGCAGCACCAGCAGCAGAUCGCCUUCUCGGAGCUGGAGAUGCAGCUGGAGGAGCAGCAGCGGCUGGUGUACUGGCUGGAGGUGGCCCUGGAGCGGCAGCGGCUGGAGAUGGACCGGCAGCUGACCCUGCAGCAAAAGGAGCACGAGCAGAAUGUGCAGCUGCUCCUACAGCAGAGCCGAGACCACCUGGGCGAGGGGCUGGCCGACAGCAGGCGGCACUACGAGACCAGGAUCCAAGCUCUGGAGAAGGAGCUGGGCCGCCACGUGUGGCUCAACCAGGAGCUGAAGCAGAAGCUCAGCAGCUUGAGCACAGCGGUGCAGAGCAGAGGUGGGGACAAGAGGACACUGUUCCUGGAGCGACCGCCACCGGGGAGUGAGGAGCUGCACAUGGGGCCUGAUCUGCUCUGGCAGCCCCCUCUCCCCGAGGGCAACCCCCGCCCGGAUGUGCGGGACUUGGUCCGUGCCCCCUUACCGCUGACAUGGAAACGGUCCAGUCUGUGCGGGGAGGAGCAGGCUGCCGUGGAGGAGCCCCUGGGGGGCCGGGUGUUCCCCGUGGGUGAGGGGGGGCUGACGUGGAGCCUUAAGCCCCGAAGGGACCUGCGCAGGGGCAGCCCCAGCAUAAUCGACGUUAGGAAGAACCCCCUGUAGCUCAGGGGUACAGCUGCCUGUACUGUACCUGUGGGGUGGUGCUUACACCUCAACCGCAGAGCAAGGCCACAGUUCCCAAGAAGUGGACCCUAGUCAGCUUAAAACCCACAGCAAACCUCUGCCACUAUGGCACUUGGCGGCCACUGCUUGAGAAAGUCUGGGUCUCACACCACCCUGCCGUGUCUACAGAUCUGGGUGUCCACCCAGGCUAGUGACAGUGAGCCCAGUGGCAACAACAGUAUUUGAAGUGGCCUCGUGGGGGAAAACUUGGAAGUAGCAGGGUUUCAGAACUUUGUAAAACUUUGUAAAACCAUUUUGUAAUAAAGGACACUCAUCUCUG